AUGUCCUCCAAAUCAACCGAUCAGACAAAAGUCGUUGACGCCUACAUCAAAGAACAUCUCAUCGGCGUCGACGAAGGUCUCGAGCAUGCCUAUACAAACAGCACCGAAAGGGGUCUCCCAAUGAUCGCGGUCUCUCCAGCUCAAGGAAAAUUCGCAUCGCUACUUACAACCAUCGGUUCUGCACGCAAUGUGCUGGAGAUCGGCACUCUCGGGGGAUACUCUAGUAUAUGGUUCGCGAAGGCCGUCAAGGGGCGCGGGAAGGUUACCAGUAUCGAAGUCUCGCCGCAUCACCGAGAUGUUGCCAUCGAAAAUCUGCGCGCCGCUGGUGUAAAGGUGCCUGAUGAAGUGGAUGUUCUCCUCGGAGCAGGUCUUGACGUCCUCCCGACGCUGGUAACAGAAAUAGAAAAGGGAGUGAGAGAACCGUUCGACUUUGUGUUUAUCGAUGCGGACUGGCCUAAUCAGUGGAAUUACUUCGACUUUGGCGUGAAAGUGUCUAAGGGUCAAGGGGCUGUGAUCUACAUUGACAACGUUGUUCAGAACAUGUUGGAGAGUGGAAUUGUGGGAGAAAAUCAACGAGACAGGGAUGCUGUUGAUGUCAUUGCUAAGGCUGGAGCAGAUGAUCGGGUCGAUGCUGUUGUGAUGCAAACAGUUGGAUCGAAGACUCAUGAUGGAUUUCUGCUAGCCGUUGUGAAAUAG